ACUGCUCAGUUUAGUGAGAGAGAGUACGAACAGCACUGAAACCUUCUCUCUCUGCAGCUGUACGAGGGAACAUUCUCACACACACUCUCACACACACACAUACACACUCUCUCACACACACUCUCUUACACUUACACACACACACAUGCAGGAGAGUAAGUGUGUCUGCUGGCUCGAUGGACGUUCUGGACAUCUCCACUAGGAACCCUCAGGAUGAUUUCGAGAUCCUGCUGCGGGUCGGAGGAGGGACAUAUGGAGAAGUCUACAAGGCCCGGAAUAAACAGACGGGUGACAUGACAGCCAUGAAGGUCAUAAAGAUGGAGCCUGAGGAUGACUUCUCUGUGAUCCAGCAAGAAAUUGUGAUGGUGAAGAGCUGUAAGCACAACAACAUUGUGGCGUACCAUGGCAGCUACAUCAGGGCAAAUAAAUUAUGGAUUUGUAUGGAGUAUUGUGGAGGCGGCUCUCUACAGGAUAUCUACCAUGUUACGGGUCCUCUUUCAGAGCAACAGAUAGCAUAUGUGUGUCGAGAGAUGCUGCAGGGGUUAGAUUACCUACAUGGACAGAAGAAGAUCCACAGAGACAUUAAGGGUGCUAAUAUUCUCCUGAAUGACAACGGUGAAGUUAAAUUAGCGGAUUUCGGAAUCUCAGCACAGAUUACCGCCACUUUUGCACGUCGAAUGUCCUUCAUAGGAACUCCAUAUUGGAUGGCCCCUGAGGUGGCUGCAGUGGAGAUUAAAGGGGGUUACAAUGAGCUGUGUGAUAUCUGGUCUGUGGGGAUUACAGCUAUUGAGCUCGCAGAGCUUCAGCCGCCUCUGUUUGAUGUUCACCCACUGAGGGUGCUGUUCCUCAUGUCUAAGAGUGGAUACCAGCCUCCUAAACUCAAAGACAAGUCCAAAUGGUCGUCAGUGUUUUAUAACUUUGUGAAGUCGAUGCUCAUCAGGAACCCCAAAAAGAGACCGGGCGCCAAGAAGAUGCUCACACACCUGUUCGUGACCCAGCCGUGUCUGAGGCAGGAGUUAACCCUGGAGCUGCUGGACAAACUGAGGCAUCCUGAGAAACUGAAGGAAUGUUUACAACCGGACGAUGAAGACAUCGAGAUGGCAGUGCCAACGUCUCUGCGAAGAAUUCACUCAAUUAACCGCCACAACCAGGCUGAGAGAAGCAACUCUGACAUCAGCUUGGAUCAGAUCUACACACAGAGACCUGUGAGCCAAAAGAAAGAGUCGCCAGAUGCUACAUUAAGACCAUCUAGUGGAUGUCAGUGGGGAAGUUCUUCAGGCACUCCACCCAAACUCCCAGUCAGGGAUGACAGCACAGACUCGGAUGACUAUGACGAUGUAGAAAUACCAGUCAGCCAUUUCACCAGUAACACACUGCCUGUUGGUGAUAUUCCCCCUCCUCUUCCUCCAAAGCCUAAAAUGCGCAGCAGUUCAGAGGAGAGCAUGGCUGGAGAAGAUGAUCGGAGUAGAGGUCUGUGUCUCUACGCUCCACCCCAACCACUGCUCAGAACAUCUAGUGGAACACACACACGCCCUCGGCCUGUACCAAGGCCACGGUCCGUACGGAGCGUCAACUCCGACCCCUCCACGUUUUCAGGCUUUAGGUCAGAUCCUGUGGAUCAACAGACGCCUCCUGAAUUACCACCCAAAAAAGACAGGAGGCGAAGACCACCUGCUAAGGACCCUCCAGAAUGUCCAAGUCCACUACAGAAGAAACAACCGAUAUUCUUUAAAAAAGUUUUUCACGGUUGUCCUUUAAAAAUCAACUGCUCCACGACGUGGGACCACCCCACCACCAAAGAUCACCAUCUGAUCCUGGGGGCUGAUGAAGGAAUUUUUACAUUAAAUCUAAACAGCUCAGAAGCCACUAUUGAACUGCUAUUUCCUGGGAAGUGUACGUGGGUAUACACCAUCAGUAACGUCUUAAUGUCUAUAUCAGGAAAAUCCUCCCAACUACAUUCACAUUCGCUAAAGGAGCUGUAUGACCAGGCUCGAAAGGAGCAUCGCAUUGUUGCCUUGCCAACACAUCGACUGUUGCCCAGGAAAUUUGCAAUCUCUACCAAGAUUCCUGAGACCAAAGGAUGCAGAGCCUGCGCUGUCGCCAACAAUGUUCAGAGUGGCUGUGUGUUCCUGUGCGGCGCGCUGGAGUCCAGUGUGGUUCUCCUGCAGUGGUAUGAGCCCAUGCACAAGUUCAUGCUGAUAAAGCACUUUGAUUUUCCACUUCCCAACCCAUUGCGAGUGUUUGAGAUGGUGGUGGUGCCAGAGCAGGAGUACCCGAUGGUGUGUAUCGGAGUUAACAGGGGCCAGAGCCCCUCACAGCCUGUUCACAUGGAGAACAUCAACCUCAACUCCAACACAUCCUGGUUUACCAACACUGGUCUGGAGGCUCAAAGUGCAGAGAAAGUUCAGCUUAAUCAGUUGGACAGCAACACACUCCUUGUUCUCAUUGAGAACACAGUACACAUGGUGAACCUCGAGGGGGCGAUAAAGAGUCACAAGAAACUGCACAUGGAGAUCAGCUUUCCUUUAGACGUGGAGUCAGUAGUAUAUUUCGAUGACACGUUGUUGGCUAUAUGGAAACAUGGCUGGCAGAGGAGGGGAGAGGUCCUCUCAGAAAUCCUACAGGAGAUUACAGAACCUCGGAAAACCUUCCGCCUCAUUGGCUCAGACAGGCUGGUUGUCUUAGAGACACGGCAGAGCGAAGACCAAUCAGGAAUGUGUAAUCUGUACAUCCUGGAGAUCGCUGAGAACUUUGUUCUCAUUCCCUGAACACACACACGCUCAAACAUAUACACACAGGCAUCAUACAUAUGUGCACAUACACACCAUUUUCCUACCCAGCAACUGUGGACUGACACUGACAUCAAACAGAAGCCAGGUAGCUGUGUGUGCACCACAAACACUGGACAUUUCUGCUGACUCCACCCACACACACAUUAUUUGUGUGUAUAAUCUUCCUCUUUGCUUUGUUGUGAGUGUGUUUGGCAAUUAAAACUCUUUCUGGAUGGUUCACUGCGUAGGGAAUUUCAGUCAACAUCUGCAGCACACAACCGAUUGUUCACAGAAAGCCACCAACGAAAAGUAUUCAAAGUGUCAAUUUCCAGGUUGUUUUUUUAUGGGUGUUAAAUAGUUAUUUACAGAAAAGUUCAUUUGAAAAACAGUCUAUUUAUAGUCCAAAUGUAUAGUAUCAGUCAAAGGUUUGGACACAAAUACCUUUAUGAGGUAGGCAGCUGAAAUGACUGUUCAGCUGUGCUGAACUCGUCAAGAGUUAAUUACUCUUGAGAGCAUCAGUUGUAAAGAGGUAGAGUUGGUAUACAGUGAAUAGCUCUAUUUGAGUAAUGUUCUAAUCCAUAUUAUCGCAAGAACUACUCAACUAAGUGAAGAAAAAAAAUACUUUAAGAAAUGAAGGUUAGUCAACCCAAAACAUUUUAGGAACUUUGAAAGUAUCCUCAAGUGCAGUUGCAAAGACUAUUAAAAAUGUUAUGAUGAAACUGGCUCUCAUCAGGGCCACCCCAGGAAAGGAGGAGCAAGAGUUACCUCUGUUGCACAGGAUAAGUUAAUCAGAGUUUCCAGCCUCAGAAACAGAAACAAGUUAACAGCACCCCAGAUAAAAUAACCUAAAUGCUUCACAGAGUAUUUUGGUUUGUUUAACACUUUUAAGUUACUACAUGAUUCCUUAUGUUUUCCUUCCGACUUCAGUAUUUGUUUACAAUGUAGGAAAACAAAUACAAUUAAAACAUUGAAUAAGAAGAUGUGUCCAAACUUUUGACUAGUACUGUAUAUCCUUUCAUCACCAAUAGAUUUUAGGCCCAAAUCUGUGGUAAUAAUUAUUCAGGCAUAAGACAGUGUAUUUAUUAUCUGGUGCAGUAUAUUUGAGAGAGUUUUAAAAUGUCUGGUUCAGAUACGGUUUAAAAAGUUUUUAAAUGUCUGGUUCAGAUACGUUUUUGAAUGACUUUAUUUACAUCUUAGUAACUUUAAUAAAGAGACAUUUAACAAAAAAAAUAAUGUAAAUCCUUGUGAAGAAGUAUAGUCUCUUAACAUGUGUUUGCCUGUAUUUGAGGUAACAUGUUAAACAGUUCCUGCUACUAAGUACUGUUACUACAGAAGUGCUCUGCAUCCUCCAUGAAUGAAUCUGUCAGGUUGAGGUGUUUCCAUUAAGAUUAUCCACAGGAUAAUUCUAGAAGUCCCCACACAGUGACUGAAUCUGCAGGAGUGAAUCUGUUGUGUGUUGAAGAAUCCCUGCACACCUGAGACAGGGACUGUUUCAGCACUCACCUGUUUUACACCUGAGUCCAUCUGAAGAUAAGAUCUAAGGAGCUUACAGUCUGUGCCAGUUUUACAUUUCCUGAGAUGAAAAGAGUGAGAUGAUGUUAUAAUGUGUUUUAUUGAUAAUAAACAUACUUGUUUUGUACAUUCUCUUUAA